AUGGCGGAAUCAACAUUGGACUUGGAAGAUCGAGUAGACAAAAUCUUGAGGUCAGAUUACAAGUUGGUUGCUAAAGCUUUUUUGACUAAAUGCUCAAAAGACUCUGCUUCCAGUAUGGAGCGUGAGAAAGGUAGUGAGUUUUUCAAAUAUCCUGAUGCUGUGAACAGAGUUCAAGAGGUGAAGAGAAUCCCAGUGAUGGCUUUCAGACCAGCCCUUGAAGCUAAACUUAGAGAAUUGCUGCAUAAGAUUAGCUCACAGGAGAUUAAGCUAUGCUCUGAGGCCGCUAAAGAGUUUUCAAAGUUACUAAAAGGAGAAACCGGCGGCGAUUUGUUGCGAUUAUAUUUCAAUAGCUCACCAGACUUUCCUGUUGAGCUUCUAGAGGCAUGGAAGCUUCGACAUGGCGGAAAACGAGGACCAUCCUGUAUAUUCCCACUUAUCAAGACGAUUUUGAGCCAUCCUGAGGGGAGAAGUAGAUCAACUGAGAUUGGAAGAGCUAUUGACGAGUUUUGUGGGUUACUUAUUAGAGAAAAACUCGAUGACAUUUGCACAGUAUUGAACAUCAAUGAGGAAAAACAACAGAAUGCUGCACUUUCACUUUUGGCUACGAUGGUUAGACGCGGUCCUCACAUGGGAUCUGAGAUAGCUAAUAAGUUUCAUUUUAAGGGUUUCGCGAAACUAGGUGAGUAUAAAAAGCAAAGAAGGACUAGGAGGAGGUUUGUUGCGUUUGCAAUAUCGUUCCUUGAAGUUGGGAAGCCUGGAUUUCUAAGGUCUGUUUUAAAGCAGAAGGAAAUGUAUUCUAUAGUCCUACAAGGCCUUGGUAAUGAUGAUGAAGACACUGUGGCUUCUGUCUUGUCUACGUUGAAGGAUAAGAUCCUUGUUCUUGAUCAAUCAAAGGUUUCUCCUGGUCUAAGAAGAGCACUUUUUGGAGACUUGACGCUAAAGCAGCUGGCCAGCAUUACAGCAAGAGAGGAUGAUGGGAUUGUGAAUGAGCUGGCCCAUGAUGUUCUUGUCAAAGUUUGUACGGACCCCUCUAAUGGUUUAAUGCCGGAUGCAAAAAGAAAACUGAUUGGCGCUUCGGGAAGAUUACUGAGGCUCAUGAAGAGGUUGAGAACAAUAGAUAGUUGCUAUCACUCUGAUUUGCUUCUAGCCAUUGUUAGGGGUAGACCGUCUUUUGCUUCAGCUUUUUUGGACGAAUUCCCAUACAAUGUUGAAGAUAUUGCAUCACCAUCCUGGUCUUCUUCUAUUUCCUUGGCAGCAAAUUUGGUAUCCUCGGUAAGACUUACAUGUUCUUUUGACUUUCUCAAUCCAGAUCAACGCGCUACACCUCCAUCUGCUGGUUCAGAUGUUCAGACUAUCAUGAAAUGCGUGUGCCCCCGACCAUUUAGCCGGUCAUUGAUCACUAAAGGGAUGCUUCAUUCUGAUUCUCUUGUGAAAGGUGGGACCUUGAGAUUUCUCUCGGAGACGCUAAAGCUGUGGGAUUCUUUCGUUACUGCUUGGAAACUUUGCUCGCCUCAUAGCUGCCCUGGUGAGCAAAUUCAGGCUUCUCUUGAGCGGGAUGUCAUGGGUGAGGCGAGAAGCUUUUUUCCAGAUCCCCAGGUGUUAUUGACUGUACUGAACUCUCUGGGGGGUUCUAGCGGAACUCAAAAGGUGUCUUUGAAGAGAAAAAGAAAAGCAGUGUUGGAUAGUGGAUUAGUAGAUAGGAAACGCUUUAAGAGACCUGAGAAGGAUGGUGAUAUCGUGAUGAAUGUCGUAGGUUCUGAUAAAGAUAUCUUUUCGGCGGAUGCUCAGAUGACAGAUCAGGCAGAUGCUCAGAUGGUAGAUCAGGCAGAUGCUGGAAAAGAAGCACUUCUCAUAAACCUCCUGGAUGACCUCAGGAUUUAUAUGCAUUCUGGGCUUAGUGGGCUUGACGGAUCGUUUGAUGUCUUCAUGAAAUUACUGAGCAGUUCUUCGGGUUUACCAGCUGAAUUGCAGAGAGCUCUCUUGUCUGUCCUAAAAGAGUACAUCAGUUGGACGCCAAAGCUCCAAAUCGAGAGAGUUCCUUCAAGAAUUCCACCACUGAUGUUCAAGCAUUUGGAUGUAUUCAUGAAUCUGUUACUUUUUUCAUCUGAUGACGAAGUGAAGGAUCUAGCAAAAGAUUUAGCAGUGGUAGCUAUGAGCAGCACCGGUGCAUUUGACAAAAAUCGAAGUGAAAUUGGUGGAUGGUUCCUCUUUCUACCAGGUUAUCAAAAUCUUAAAGCACCUCGUAAGGUUCAGGAGGGUGUAGAGAGCAUGUCAUCAGUUGUCAUCUCCUUUUUAUGUGAUGCUGUUUCGACUGUUGGAAAUCAUUUAUUCACGCAAUGGGAUAUUGUCAGAAGUAUUUUGUCCCAUUUAGAAGGUGUAUCAAUUGGUUUUAGCCCCCUAAUUCGUUGUAUUCUGCAGAAGUGUGUGAGUCUACUAAAUAAGGAAUUUGCAAAACAUUCUUUAGAAGAGAAGACUGCAAUAUCUCUGUAUGUCUGCAGCACAUUGAAAUCUCUUUUGCAAACUCAGGUAGAUUCCAAACCACUCUCAUGUUUGGUCCAGUCAGUUUUGUCUAAGGAUGUUGAUGGAUCUAAGGAUUCUUGUGAAUGGAGGCCAUUGAGAAUGUUGCUGCUUUUCUCACAAUCUUUGUCAGAAAAUAAACCUUUCAUCUUGCAUUCCAGACAGACAACAGGUGGACGUGCUAAAGCUUCUUUUGCAAAGACUCUUGGUAAGAUAAAAGAACGGGUGAGAAGUAUUUCUCCGGAUUAUAUUCCAGAAGUCGUUAAAGAGUUUUCUUCUGCAUUGAUAUGUGCAACACCUGCAUCGCUUUUGAAGAAUUUUGCUUCUGUGAUGGCUGUUUCAUGGGCUUUCUACGGAACAUCAUUCUCAUUUUUGCAGUCCAUCGCCUUUCUAGAGGUAAACUUCCUCGGAAACCUUUUAAAGCAGUCGCCUGGCUUAUUUGUGCAAGGUUCAGAACUUACUGUGUCGAGGAUUGAAGGAGGAACAGUUGAUAGUGAGAUUGAUUUUGCUGACCACUCAUCCAUAACUGAAGAAAUCACAAGUAAGAUGGACACUCAUGAUAUUGAAUCGUCUGUCUUCUUUAUGGUUUUAGAGCAGGCUCCUUUUCAUGUGUUACUUAAUGCAGUUAUGAUAAUGGAUAACAAAAAGUUAUCGAAAAGAAUGUCAAAGCUACUGCUGCUAAAAGCUGCGCAGCCUAAAAGUGAUAGUAUUAAAUUGGAUAUCAAUUCAAUACUAUUCUGGCUCUCCCAAAUACGAUCAGCUUACGAGGUUCUACCAGCUCGGGUACUCUGUCAACGCUCUGAGAUCUGCUUAAGUGUCAUGAAUCCCUUGUUCUCGCAAAUAUCAGAACGGAACCUUGUUUCUGGACCCUCUUCAGAUAAGCUUCUUGUUCCUUUUGCAAAUCUAGUGGCCCAGACAGUCCUUUGCCACCCAGUUGUGAUGGCACUGGUGGAGAGUCCCUUGGAUUGUGGCACAUUACCUCCAGUGCAAUGUUGA